GAGCCCUCAGCGGGUGACGCGUCAGCGCGGGGCGCGGCUUCCAUGAGGAGAAUGUCUAGGCCCUGGGGCCAGCCCCCCUCGCUUUCGCGGCAGUGCAACUUCCUCACCCCCGCGAGGGGCGUCCGGCCGCCGGGCCCCCGCUGCAGAUCGGAACCGCGGCCGACCUCGGUUUGGGGCUCAGCCCAGCGCGUCCUGGCCUUCCCCGCCAGCCGCGGCUCCUGGUCGGGGCCCGGGCCCAGCCGCGGCUCCUGGUCGGGGCCCGGGCCCAGCAGCAGCCCGGUGUCGGAGCCCGGGCCCAGCCGCGGCUCCUGGUCGGGGCCCGGGCCCAGCAGCAGCCCCGUAUGGGGGCCCGGGCCCAGCAGCAGCCCGGUGUCGGAGCCCGGGCCCAGCCGCGGCUCCUGGUCGGGGCCCGGGCCCAGCAGCAGCCCGGUGUCGGGGCCCGGGCCCAGCCGCGGCUCCUGGUCGGGGCCCGGGCCCAGAAGCAGCCCCUGGUCGGGGCCCGGGCCCAGCAGCAGCCCGGUGUCGGGGCUCGGGCCCAGCCGCGGCUCCUGGUCGGGGCCCGGGCCCAGCAGCAGCCCCGUGUCGGGGCCCGGGCCCAGCAGCAGCCCCGUGUCGGGGCCCGGGCCCAGCAGCAGCCCCGUGUGGGGGCCCGCGCGCUGGAGCAGUAGCAGCCCCAGCCCGCGGGGCAGGGCCCCUGGGAGAGACCGAGAUUCAUACUUUGGGGACAAAAGUUCUUUUGCAGAAAAUACUAGUGCAUUUAAUUUUACAUCUGUUGCAAGUUCAUCUUCGGCAAGAGAUGGCAGUUUUGCUCAAACAAUAAAGACACCACUGGCUUUUGGCAAUCCUCCCAGAUUGGGCUUCAGAAGUAAGACCCCUCAAAUGGGACAUUCAGCCACGUCAUCCUCCGCAGUCUCCGCUCAUGCCGGGGCCUCCGCCAUCGUGGCCCUCGUGGAAGGGAGGGGCCUCGCCAGGGGCGAGAUCGGGAUAGCGAGCAUCGAGGAGAGAAGUCCUCAGCUGGUCCUGUCCCAGUUUUCUGACAGCACGACCUACACCAAGGUAAUUACUAAGCUAAAAAUUUUAGCACCAUUGGAAAUAAUAAUGUCGAACACUGCCUGUGUUGUGGGGAAUCCAACGAAGCUCUUCACCUUAAUUACAGAGAAUUUCAAGAAUGUGACUUUUACCACGAUUCAAAGGAAAUACUUCAAUGAAACGAAAGGGUUAGAAUACAUCGAGCAGCUGUGUGCGGCAGAGCUCAGCACUGUCUUAAUGGAGGUCCAGUCCAAGUAUUACUGUCUGGCAGCUGUUGCAGCCUUGCUGAAAUACAUGGAAUUUAUUCAAAAUUCAGUUUAUGCACCAAAGUCUUUGAAGAUUUGUUUCCAGGGCAGUGAGAAGACAGUCAUGAUCGAUGCUUCAUCAGCUCAAAAUCUUGAACUAUUAGUUAAUAAUCACGAUUACAGGAGCAGUCACACUCUCUUUGGUGUUCUAAAUCACACUAAAACACCUGGAGGGAGUCGGAGACUUCGUUCUAAUAUUCUAGAACCUCUGACUGAUGUGGAAACAAUCAACAUGAGACUAGAUUGUGUUGAGGAACUUCUUCAGGAUGAGGAACUCUUCUUUGGUCUUCAGUCAGUUAUUUCAAAAUUUCUGGACACAGAGCAGCUGCUUUCAGUUCUUGUACAAAUACCAAAGCAAGACACGGUAAAAGCGUCUGAAUCCAAGAUAACAAAUUUAAUUUACCUAAAGCAUACUCUGGAACUUGUGGAUCCUUUAAAGGCGGUGCUGAAGAAGUGUAACACACCCCUGUUGAAGGCUUACUACAGUUCCUUAGAAGACAACAGGUUUGGAAAAAUACUUGAAAAAAUUAAAACAGUUGUGAAUGAUGAUGUGAGAUACAUGAAAGGCUGCCUGAACAUGAGGACUCAGAAGUGCUACGCCGUGAAGGCGAACAUAAACGAGUUCCUGGACAUUGCCAGAAGGACGUACGCCGAGAUCGUGGACGACAUAGCGGGAAUGAUAACGCAGCUCGCCGAGAAAUACGGUCUCCCUUUGAAGACGAGUUUUAGCUCCGCUCGAGGAUUUUUCAUCCAGAUGAACCUGGAUUGUGCAUUGCUCCCCGGUGGCCAGCUCCCCUCCGAGUUUAUUAAGAUUACCAAAAUGAAAAACACGUACAGCUUCACGUCGGCAGAUCUGAUUAAAAUGAAUGAAAGGUGCCAAGAGUCGCUGCGAGAAAUCUACCACAUGACUUACAUGGUCGUGUGCCAGCUGCUUGGUGAGAUUUAUCCCCUGGUUCACUGCCUCUACAAACUUUCCGACGUCGUGUCCAUGCUGGAUAUGUUGCUGUCGUUUGCUCACGUCUGCACUCUGUCCGACUAUGUUCGCCCUGAAUUCACGGACACAUUAGCCAUCAAACAAGGCUGGCACCCCAUCCUUGAGAAGAUAUCCAUGGAAAGGCCUGUGGCUAACAACACUUACAUCACCGAGGGCAGCAACUUCGUGAUCGUCACUGGGCCAAACAUGAGCGGGAAGUCAACUUACUUAAAGCAGAUUGCCCUUUGUCAGAUCAUGGCCCAGAUUGGUUCAUUUGUCCCAGCAGAAUAUUCUUCAUUUAGAAUCACAGAACAAAUUUUCACCAGAAUCAGUAUGGGUGAUGAUAUAGAGACAAAUUCAUCAACGUUUAUGAAGGAAAUGAAAGAGAUAGCAUAUAUAGUACAUAAUGCUAACGACAAAUCACUCAUCUUAAUUGAUGAACUUGGCAGAGGCACUAAUCCAGAGGAAGGAAUUGGCAUUUGUUAUGCAGUCUGUGAAUAUCUGCUGAGCUUGAAGGCAUUUACAUUGUUUGCCACUCAUUUCCUGGAGCUCUGCGAGAUGGAUCUCUCGUUUCCCAAUGUUGAAAAUAUCCAUUUUGAAGUUGAGCACGUCAGAAGCAGUGGAAGAAGCAGAGAGUCCGUCACGUACACCCACAAACUCUCGAAAGGACAAACGGAAGAAAAGAAUUAUGGGAUCCAGGCUGCAGAGGUCUCUUCACUCCCACCAUCGAUCAUUUCGGAGGCCAAAGAGAUCCGAGUUCAGAUCACCAGACAGCUCAUGGAACGGCAGAGCCAGAGCAGCUCUCCUGAAGCCGCCCGGCAGAGGGCCGUGUACCAGCUAGCCACCAGGCUCCUUCAGGCCGCCCGAAAUUCUCGGCUGGAUUCGGAGAGUUUGCGCCUGUACCUGAGAGGCCUCAAGUCCAAGUUUGAAGCAGACUUGUCUGGACCAGGAUCCAAAGAUCCUGAAGUCAGAGAAGCUACAUCCCCAAGCCAGGGACCUGAGGAGGAGCAGCAGCAUCACAUGGUGAACUUUACCCAAUCCACUGAGCCCAGGACAGAUUUGUCUCUAACAGGAUGAGUUUUACAUACAUUUGGCAGGUAGGAGGCACAAAGGUCCCAUUCACAAUCCAUCCUGGGAAACUCACUAUCUGUCUGACCCUAGGCAAGUCACUGCCUCGGUGACCUCUUCUGUAAAAUGAGGAUCACAGUAACAUCUCUCCAUCCCCAGGGUGGUCAGGAUCAAAUAGUACUUGUAAAAUGCUUAGCAUGGCCCUGAGUACAUUAACCACUUUUAUGAUGGCUUUUAGAAAAAAACCAGUUUUAGUAAUCUUUUAUCCCUGACAGACUGGGUGGGUAAGCUUUCACAGAUGAGGAAACUGAGGGCAGGAAAGGCUGGGUGACUGAAGCUUCCUUUGGAGCUAGGGCCUUCUGAUUUCAGGGCCAGCCAGCAUGCUCAUAGAACCAUUCAUUUAAACAACCUCCCCCAGAGCUGAGAAUUCAUGAAAUUUUGGUUAUACUUUGUCU